AUGCCGCUGAAAGAAGAGAGUGAAGUACUGAAUGAAAUGGAAGAGAAAACUCAGUAUGAAAAACAUCUUGAUUUCAUACCUGGAGAAAAAUCGUUUACUUGCUCACAGACUCAAAGGUCCAAAAAAAAGUUUUCCUCUCAAAAAAGAGCUCAAAAGACAGAAGCUCAAAGUUAUUUCACCUGCCAACAGUGCGGAAAAAGUUUCAAUAGAAAAGAAAACCUUAAAGUCCACACGAGAGUUCACACUGGAGAUAAGCCUUACGUCUGCCAACAGUGUGGAAAAAGUUUCACUCAAAAAGUAAGCCUUACAAUCCAUAUGGGAAUUCACACUGGAGCAACCCUUUUCACCUGCAAACAGUGUGGUAAUAGUUUCACUCAGAAAGGAAGCCUUAAUGUCCACAUGAGAAUUCACACCAGAGAGAGCUCUUUCACCUGCCAGCAGUGUGGAAAAAGUUUCAUUCGAAUAGGAUGCCUUAAAAGCCACAUGAGAAGCUUCUCACGAAAAGAAAGUCUUAAGAAACACAUGAACAUUCACACUGGAGAGAAGCCAUUCGUAUGUUAUCAGUGUGGAAAAGGUUUCACACAAAAACCAACACUUAGUACCCACAUGAGAGGUCACACUGGAGAGAAGCCUUAUACCUGCAAUCUGUGUGGAAAGAGCUUCUCACAAAAAGGAAAUCUUACAACUCAUAUGAGAAUUCACACUGGAGAAAAGCCAUUUGUGUGUGUUCAAUGUGGCAAGAGUUACAGAAGUAAAGUUAACCUUAAUUGCCACAUGAAGAUUCACUCAUGA